UCCACCAUUCAUACGAUCCAUCAAUUGAUUAAUUAAUUUAAUUUUGUUUCUGAUUUCGAAGAGUUUUUUUUUUGGAAUUUUGUUGUCUUUCCUUCCUCUUCCUCUGAACCUUCUAAUCUUUUUAUUGUGAAUCAGGAUGAUGAGUGAUUACAAGGUGGAAAUGAUUAAUGAUGCCAUACAAGAGUUCUUUGUUGAAUUCCAUCGACCUAAACACUGUCCAUAUCAAGGUGUCUGGAAGACAAGAGUGGAGGAGCUACCUGAUGUUUAUCCUUGUUUGACUUGACCUAAUCGAUUUGGGCUUUAUCGGACUAGACUUAAUCGGCUUGGCCCGCCCAAUUAACAACCCUAGUAUUUAGCAUUAUAAAGGAACAACAACAAGUGUUUGAUUUUUUUUAAUGUCAAAAAUUAUUUUGUUGGGAGGGAUUUCAAAGAAGGGGAAUGAAAUGAAGCAUCGAAAUUCUUCAGCAGCACCAGUUAGCACCAUCACCGCCACCAUCAAUUAUCAGUAAUUUUCAGGUUUCGACUUUGAUCUUGUGAUUAAUUGUACCUAUCUCUUCAUACUGCCAGGAAACCCUUCAUUUCCAUGAUGUCACCGCCAUUUUUGUGAGGUUCUGUGUUUGUACGAUCAACAUAAACCAAAGGGCAAGCUAGGUUUUUCUUUGCCACCUUUAUUUUUGAUCUAAAAUUCAAAACAUAUCGAGUAUAGAAGUAGAGUCAAAAGUUCAUGGCAAACGGGUCAUCCCUUGAUCGGCCUGAAGCUGAAACUUUUACUGAAUUUCAUAAAAAUGGCGGUUGUCUUGUCGAGGGUCGUGUUGAUAGUUCUGAUCAUGACAAUGACAAGGCUAAACAAAAAUCUUUGUUUUUUCAACUUUUUUCGGCUUACCUAAAGGAGAAUUGUAGUAGAGGCACUGUGAGGCCUGUGCCAGUCAUGCUCGGUGAGGGUCAAUUGCUUGAUUUAUAUCAAUUAUUCGCCCUUGUGAAGGAAAAAGGCGGGUAUGAUGCGGUAUCGAGAAAAGGGUUGUGGAAUUCUGUGAUAGUUGAACUGGGUUUGGACCUUCGUGUUCUAGCUUCGGUGAAAUUAGUUUUUGACAAAUAUCUGAAUGAUUUCGAAGGUUGGCUCAGGAAAUCUUUCGAAGAGAAGAGUUUAAAAAAUGGGAAUGAUGGGUAUUUGAACUCAUUGCCAAUAGAUCUAGAAAAAGAGUUUCAAAACCUUUUUUGCUCAAAUCUAAAGGACAAAGAUGAUGAUUUUGUCCCGUUAGAAUCGAGUAACAUCAUAAAGCACAUUGAUUUGGUUAACCAGAAGAGUGAUGGUUAUUUAUUAGACACUAAAAAUCAAAAUAACAAAUGCGAUGGUCUCCAAAAUGUUAACAGUGAUGGUCAUGGCGGCGACGAUGAAAAAUUGGGCACUGGUGUUAAGGAUGAUAUAACCGCCUCUUGUGCGGAAACUGAGAAGGAAUUUAAUUCUCGCAAACGUAAUCGGGAAUCGCCUGCAGCUCAACCAUUAACAGAACCAUCAAAGGGGAAGGAGUAUAAAGGAUACCAGGACAUUUUUGUUCAGAUGCUGAGGGCACGAGAUGUUCUGUCGGUCAGAAAGCAUGCAGAACCAAACCGUGGAUCAUCAUCCAAGUUGGUGAAGAUACAUCCUGCCAAGUAUGAGGAUCCUGUUUCUCUUGGUCAGCAAGGUAGGGUGAAUCUGAGACGUAGUAAAAGGCUCUCUAUGUCUCUUAAGUUGCACGCUAUGGAAUCAGAAAAAAGUCCUAUGGAGAAAACAACUGGCAAACCAGAUAUCGUGAUCAACAAGAAAAAACCAACUACCAAAGCAGCUGUGAGAAAAAAGAAAAAAUCAACUGCCAAUGCAGCUGGGACUGAAGAGAAAAAAUAUGACCCAUUUAGUGAUGAUUCUCGUGAUAAGGUUGUUUCUGUUGGUCCUCUUUUCCAAGUGGAAGUCCCGCAAUGGACUGGUGUAGUUUAUGGGAGUGACUCUAAAUCGUUAGGCACACAAGUAUGGCCUGUUAAAGAUGAUUCAAGACCUACUACAGAAACAGAUCUUGUUGGUAGAGGAAGACGAGGAAAGUGUAGCUGCAAUGUUCAAGGUUCAGUUGACUGUGUAAGAUUGCAUAUUGCUGCAAACAGGAUGAAGCUGAAGUUUGAAUUGGGUUCUGCAUUUUACCAUUGGGGAUUUGAUAAAAUGGGUGAGGAAGUUUCACUUCAAUGGACAGGUGAUGAGGAAAAGAGAUUUAAGGAUAUAAUGAGUCUAAAAAUCCCCUCCCAAAACAAGUCUUUUUGGAACAAUCCGUCCAGUUACUUUCAAAAGAGGACAAGAAAAGACAUGGUGAGAUAUUACUUCAAUGUAUAUCUUAUUCAACUAAGAAGCUAUCAGAAUCGAGUGACUUCGGAGACUGUUUACAGUGAUGAUGACGAAAUCGAAUUUGAAUCUUUUGGUGAUGGUUUCGGGAGGAAAGCUAUCAAGCGUCCAUCAAUUGAAUUCAAGGAGUGUUCAGAGAAUAAGUAAUGCUUUGAUUUUAAGUUGACAAAACAGUGUGAUAAGCCAUUUGAGGAAGAACUUGUAGAGGCUCCUGUUGUUUACUGCAUCCUCCUUGGAGGGGCUGCUAAACUCCACCCCCCACCCCGACAACAACAUUUAUGCUGUAAAACUUUAAUUUCACUUUUGGACCGCAUUUGUGCUGUAAAACUAGCCGUUUAGUCAGAGCGCUUUCAAGUUUAUGGUUUUAGUUAGAUAUUUGUAUGUUAAAUUUAAGAAGUUUAUUUGUGCCA